GAAAAAUCUUGCGAGAAUCCCUCGCCGAACCAAAGCUGAGAUUUUUGGCCUUUCUUAGGUUCCGUAGUUUCGAGUCACAGUUCCGGAACUUGUGUUAACGGGUAGUGGUUGGGGAACCCUCCGUGGUAGUGCAAGCGGAACCAAAGCCCGGAGGUCUCAGCCUGGGAAGGAUGGCCGUGUUCCGGUCGGGCCUCCUGGUGCUGACAACGCCGCUGACUUCCCUGGCCUCUCGCCUGGCUCCCAUCCUGUCCUCGGCAGCCCGGCUGGUGAAUCACACGCUCUAUGUACACCUGCAGCCGGGCAUGAGCCUGGGCGGCCCGGCUCAACCCCAGUCCAGCCCCGUGCAGGCCACGUUUGAAGUUCUCGAUUUCAUCACGCACCUCUACGCAGGCGCCGAUGUCCACAGGCACCUGGACGUCAGAAUUCUGCUGACAAAUAUCCGAACCAAGAGCUGUCUCCCUCCCCUACCCACCUCAGUCCAGAAUCUGGCCCACCCGCCGGAAGUGGUCCUGACUGACUUCCAGACCCUGGACGGAAGCCAGUACAACCCGGCCAAGCAACAGCUCGAGCGUUACGCCACCAGCUGUUACAGCUGUUGCCCGCAACUGUCUUCAGUGCUGCUGUACCCAGAUUACGGGCCUGCAGUGCCCCCCGCGGGGUCCCUGGGCGUCCACUUACCCUCCACCAUCAGGCCAACCUCCCCUGUGGCCAGGUCUGCAAAGCAGCCAGUGCGUGGCCACCAGCGGGGGGCUGUGGGCGGCACCUUUGACCGCCUCCACAAUGCCCACAAGGUGUUGCUCAGUGUCGCGUGCAUCCUGGCUCAGGAGCAGCUUGUGGUGGGAGUGGCAGACAAAGACCUGCUGAAGAGCAAGUUGCUCCCUGAGCUGCUCCAGCCCUACACAGAACGCGUGGAACAUCUGAGUGAGUUCCUGGUGGACAUCAAGCCCUCCUUGACAUUUGAUAUCAUCCCCCUGCUCGACCCCUAUGGGCCCGCUGGCUCUGACCCCUCUCUGGAGUUCCUGGUGGUCAGCGAGGAGACCUAUCGUGGGGGGAUGGCCGUCAACCGCUUCCGCCUUGAGAAUGACCUAGAGGAGCUCACUUUGUACCAGAUCCAGCUGCUGAAGGACCUGAACCACAAGGAAAAUGAGGAGGACAAAGUCAGCUCCUCCAGCUUCCGCCAACAAAUGCUGGGAAACCUGCUCCGGCCUCCAUAUAAGAGGCCAGAGCUUCCCCCAGGUUUCUACGUGAUUGGGCUGACGGGCAUCAGCGGCUCCGGGAAGAGCUCAGUAGCUCAGCGGCUGAAGGGCCUGGGGGCGUAUAUCAUUGACAGUGACCACCUGGGUCACCGGGCCUAUGCCCCUGGUGGUCCUGCCUACCAGCCGGUGGUGGAAGCCUUUGGAACAGAUAUUCUCCAUAAAGAUGGCAUUAUCAACAGGAAGGUCCUAGGCAGCCGGGUGUUUGGGAACAAGAAGCAGCUGAAGAUACUCACGGACAUUAUGUGGCCAGUUAUCGCAAAGCUGGCCAGAGAGGAGAUGGAUCAGGCUGUGGCUGAGGGAAAGCGUGUGUGCGUGAUUGAUGCCGCCAUGCUGCUUGAAGCCGGCUGGCAGAACAUGGUGCAUGAGGUGUGGACAGUUGUCAUCCCUGAGACCGAGGCAAUACGACGCAUCAUGGAGAGGGAUGGCCUGAGUGAGGCUGCGGCUCAGAGCAGGCUGCAGAGCCAGAUGAGUGGGCAGCAGCUUGUGGAUCAGAGCCACGUGGUGCUGAGCACCAUGUGGGAGCCGCAUGUCACCCAGCGCCAGGUGGAGAAAGCCUGGGCCCUCCUGCAGAAGCGCAUCUCCGAGGCACCAUCAGGCCCAUGACUGACAGUUCUCUGUGGGGUCAAAGUGGCCCCUGGAGCUGACGAGAUCCAGCGGUGAGGAGGAAUGGAACCUUGAAGCUCACUCUAGCUUGGGCCUAGAGGGCUCUGAGCUAAGUUGGGCAGGGCAGCGCUGGGCCCGCUGGACACAGGAAGCCUACCCAGCUUGCCAGUGUGUGGCCAACACUGAGGAUGCAGCUCACGCGGUGCAGGCCCCCGGCGUUGUUCUAUCCCCGCUCUUAUCCACAGGUCUUUGGUACCCAUGCUGGGCUGGGGCCAGGGCAAACACUGGAACUUGUAACAGAAUUAAAGGUGAAUGUUGCCAUGG